AUGCUCACCCAUGCUUCGUCUUUCGCUGUCUUCCGCGUGCCUGCUGCAAUACAAUGUGAGUCACGCACGGCAACGUGCGUCUUGCGCGCGCAGAUCCGGUUGGUCGAGGACCCUCCCUGCUGUCCCCACCCCUCCCGUUUUGUCGCGCCCCACCCCACUACGCUCCUGCCAAUCCAAUCACUGCGCGCCAAUGCGCAGAUCCGGCUGGUGCUGAUGAUCAAGGACCCGCGCGAGGCGGAGCGGUGGCGGCAGAUGGGCUUCGAGAAUGAGAGCGGGUGCUCGCGCGAUGAGAUCGCCGACGCCUUCGUUGAGGUGCGCGCGGGGGAUGGGGGGAAGGGGAGAGGCGGGGAGAGCGCUGCGGAGGCAAGGAGAGGUGGGGAGAGAGGCAAGGGGGGACGGGCAUCGGGAAUGAAAGCGGGUGCUCCCGCGGCGAGAUUGCAGAAGCGUUGCGCGAGGUGUGCGAGUACAUGUGCGUGCGUUGCGUACCGCGUGGUGCUGUGCAAUCCUGCGUCUCUUGCAGGCUGCGCGUUUCCAUUCCAAGUAUCGCCGCCCCUUUCCCUCUCUGGCCUCCUCACCAAUUCCCUCUGCGCAAAUUCCACCCUCUCCUUUCCAUGUCCCCCUCCCCGGCGUGUGGGCAGGUGUGACAGCUGUGUCCCGAGACACGGAGCUGCAGCAGACCGCAUGGUGCUGCGCAAGCUGGCACAGGACAUGCGCGAGUGGCUGCGCCUACAGGUGAGCCAUGGGGGGGACAAGGAGGUGUGGGGGAUAUGGAAGGGCGUCCUGGACGAGGUAGCAGCAAGUUGCAGCCUGCAACCACUGUGUGCUUGCUUGCAGCGGGGAGAUGCCGCGCGUGCCGACAUGUCGGCUCCUCCCCGACUCCCCAGGCAACACGUGUCUUGUGCCCCGCCUGCUCAUUCUCGUUGCCUAGAUCUGCCGAGGCGUCACAGGCUAGGUGCCUUUCAGCAGCGAGCAGGGGUCUCUGAACACGGGAUUGGCUCGCUUGAACUGGGUGCCUUUCCAGCCUGUGUGCUCUGCCUCUCCAGUCCCUUCAUCAUCAUCCUUGCCUUUUUGCCCUUCCAUGCACUCUCCGCCCUCUCUCCCCUCUGCUGGCUCUAUUCGGCAGGCAUAAAGCCAAGCUCAGGGCUUGCAGCGUGA